CCUCCUGGAUGAGCUCUUUAAAAUAUUUUUUCAUCUUGUUGCUGGAGCUUGGGAGUUGAGUUUCUUUCCUUUUUUUAAGGGGGAAAAAACCUGCUUGUUAUUUUGGGUCAUACCAUUGACCCCAGACAGUAUUAUUUUCCAAGGGUUUUUUUCCUUUCUUUCGCUUUUUCUAAAGAAGUAGUAAUAGUUACUUACCUCCUCUCUCUCUUUUUUUUCCCUUCUCCCCCUCCCCUGAUGGUGAAACUGUCUCUCUCUUCGUUUUUGCACCGGGCAUGAAAAAAAAAAGAAAGCAGUCCAGAAGGAAAGAGACCCUGAAGUGUUGAGAAAGAAAGAAAUCCAAACAACCGUUGCAAACAACAACUUAAAGCAACCUUUUUCCUCUGCAAAGCUGCAGAGCAGAGAGAGAGAGCGCGCACAGGGGAGAGAGGGGGAGGGAGGCGAGGGGGGGGAGAGGAGAGAGAGAGCGCGAAGGGGGAGAGAGCGAGAGAAAAGCCAAAGCAAUCCAGCGCAGCCUGAUGCAAAGGGCGACUAAGUAGAGGCAGAAGAGCGAGCGAGCGAGGCAGCCGCCUGCGGUCCGCCGGCUGCACCCGCGUGGCUGUUCUUCGCGAAGGGAAGCUCGCUGCAGCUUGGAGCCGAGCCUCGCCAAAGCAGGAGAGAGCGGCAGGCAGGCAGGCAGGCGAGGGGGGAGCGCGAGAGCGCGAGGGAGCGAGAGCCGCGCAGGCACCCCGAGAGCAGCGGCGCCGAGCUCUUGCAAAGCCUCAAACUGGCUCACCCGCUCGCAAGUCAGAGCAGCCCCCUCGCUCCGGGAGUGCACCCUUUCUGGAGGACUGGCGGCGGCGGCGGCACCCCCAGCAAAAGGAUGGCAUCCGAGCUGGCCCUGAACAGCUCCGACCUGCCCACCAGUCCCUUGGCCAUGGAAUAUGUUAAUGACUUCGAUCUGAUGAAGUUUGAAGUGAAAAAGGAGCCGGUGGAGACCGACCGCAUUAUCAGCCAGUGCGGCCGCUUGAUCGCUGGGGGCUCGCUCUCUUCCACCCCGAUGAGCACGCCCUGCAGCUCGGUGCCGCCGUCGCCCAGCUUCUCGGCGCCCAGCCCGGGCUCGGGCGGCAGCGACCAGAAGACGCACUUGGAAGACUACUACUGGAUGACCGGCUACCCGCAGCAGCUCAACCCCGAGGCGCUGGGCUUCAGCCCGGAAGACGCCGUGGAGGCGCUCAUCAACAACAGCCACCACCAGCUCCAGAGCGCGCCGGGCUUCGAUGGCUAUGCUAGAGGGCAGCAGCUGGCCGCGGCCGCCGCCGCCGCAGCGGCAGCCGGCGGCGGCGGCCGCGGCCAGGGGGGAUCCAUGCAGCCCGACGACAUGGGCUCGGCGGCCGCCGUGGUGUCAGCGGUGAUCGCGGCGGCUCAGCAGCAGCAGCAGCAGCAGCAGCAGAACGGCGGCGGCGCGCCCCAUUACCACCACCACCACCACCCGGCCGGGGGCCACCACCACCAUCACCACCACCAGCAGCCGGGCAGCGUGCAGUCCUCGGGCAGCAGCAGCAGCAGUAGCAGCAGCAGCAGCAGCAGCGCCGGCGGAGGAGGCGGCGGCGGCGGCGGGGGUCUCCACCACCCUCACCACGGCGGCGGCGGCAGCUUGCAUUUCGACGACCGCUUCUCGGACGAGCAGCUGGUGACCAUGUCGGUGAGGGAACUCAACCGGCAGCUGCGCGGCGUCAGCAAGGAAGAGGUCAUCCGGCUGAAGCAGAAGCGGCGGACCCUCAAGAACCGAGGCUACGCGCAGUCCUGCCGCUUCAAGAGGGUCCAGCAGCGGCACGUCUUGGAGUCCGAGAAGAACCAGCUCCUGCAGCAAGUGGAGCAUCUCAAGCAGGAAAUCUCCAGGCUGGUCCGGGAGAGGGACGCCUACAAGGAAAAAUACGAGAAAUUGGUCAGCAAUGGGUUCAGAGAAAACGGCUCCAGCAGCGACAACCCAUCCUCUCCAGAGUUUUUCAUGUGAGUUGUGGUCUUCCUCUCUCCCCACCACCUCCAACCUGCACCCCCUACUUCCCCGGCAGCCUCGUAACACCUUUAGCACACAUACACACGUGCGCGCAAAAGUUUCUCCACGCGGCUUGGGGCGAGGGGGGGCAGCUUGCUAUAAAGCAAUCAAACUGGCCACCACGUCUCCAUUAUUAUUAUUAAUAAUAAUAAUAAUAUUUUUUCUGGGGGGAAACAGCAACCUCAACUUUGGGUUGUUGUUUGUUUUUUUAAGGUGGAUUGACUCAGCAAUAGCCAAGUUUAUAAAAAAAAAAUCUACCUUUGUGGGGGCUUCUUGCUGGGCGCUUGUGUGUGUGUUGAAAUCCAACCUUCCACCAACUCACUACUUCAGUCUGAAGUUUGCUCAGCCUUUGAAACCUGCCAGCCAUCCACUAUAUAUAUAAAAAAUGAAGUGUUUUUUCCUCCCCUUUUUACAUUUGCUGUGUUCAAAGUACAAAAAAAUGUUACUUUUCCUUUUCCUUUUCACCAUCCUGAGCUCUUCAAAUGGGUUUUGAAUCUGGAAUAGACACACGCACGGACGGACACACACACACACACACACACACACAGAAAGUUAUUAUAAAAUUAUUUUAAGACUUUGGCUUGCUGAGUUCCAUCUGUUGUGCUAAACCUAGAGAAUAUAUCUAGAUCAACCUGCCAGAUUGAAGCCCUCAUCCACCUCCCAUGUGUUCAUGAUGUGAGUUUUGGCCUUGCCCUGCCAAAUGGUGAAACUUUUAGUAUGCCAUUAGAUUCCCAUACUCAUCUCAUCCAUUUAUUAUGCUUGCUAUUUUGUCUUAGCAUCUAUUAACUAUGUAACUGUUUCAAAAGACUAUGGGGAGAAAACAAAGACAAUAUAUUGAUAAAAGCCCUGCAUGCUGGACAUGUAUGGUAUAUAUAUUUUUUCUUUUGCUUGGAUAUGGACUUCGGAGACUGUAACGGCAUGACAUUCAUCCUUUUUAGUUUUAUUGCCUCAACACUUUUUUGAACUGAAAACAAAAAAGUGCAACCUUUUUGGGGCUUCUUCCUCCCCAUUCAAGUUUUCAUCUACUCUGGAAACUGCUUUGAGUUGCUCAGAACUUCAGAUUUCUUUUUAAUGCAUUGAUACAUCCCUUCUUUAAAAAGAAAGAAAAGGAGAGAGAGAAAAGCCCAGAAUGGAUUGUGAUUACCCUUAAUAUGAUUUCUAAAAAGAACUUUGGGGGGGGGAGUUUUAAAACUUACGCAUAAAAAAAGAUUCACUUCCAAUUUGUGGGUUUUGAAAACUAUGCUGUUGCUUAAAGCAGUCGAAAAUUUAUGUUGGAAUGAUCUGCCCCAUUUCUGCUAUUUUUUGUUUUUAUUUUCCUUUUGGCCAUUGUCAAAUGUUGGAAUGCUCUGGGUUCCUGGUAUAUAAUUUAAUUCUAGCUUUUAUUGUCUGUUAGCCCCAGUUCAAAUGUAUGCUACAGAAAAAAGAAAUGUUAUAGAUACAUUCAAAAGAGUUAGGUCUGUUUAGCUGUAGAUCCUUUUUUAAAAAAUGAUGCACUAAAUUGUUGACUGUCUUGAUGUUAAAAGGGGGUAGAAUUUACAACGGGACUGGUUUUUUAAAAAGUAGUUUAUACAGCAUGUGAUUGCAACUUAAGUAUAAGUUGGGUAAAUGUAGACCUUGCUAUGCCACUGACUGUUUUUGGAAACCAAAGUAUUAAAAGGGGAGCCCCCCCUCUUUAUAUUAUUAAUAGGGGUAUUUUGUGUUCAAAAUGUAUGGUUGGGUUUUGUUUUGGGGCUUUUUUUUUUGAAAUUGAAAUAUUUGGGACUGAAUUGCACUAAGAUAUAACCUGAAGCAUAAAAUAUAAACCAUUACAAACCUGUCUAGGAUGCUAAUACGAUUUAUGCAGUUACAAAGAUGGCAUUACUGCUCAGUUUUUUUAAAUGAUGCAGAUUUUUUUACAGUUGUAUUGUGGUGCAGAACUGGAUUUUCUGUAACUUCACAAAAAUCACAAAGUUUUAAAGGCAUUAAUCAGCAAAUUUUAUUUUCAGGGAGUGAUAAUCCUGUCUUUAAAAAAUGGAAAGUAAAUCUUACCACAAUAAAUAUAAAAAAAUCUUGUCAGUUACUUUUUUCCCCUUUUACAUAUUUUGCUGUGCAAAAUUGUUUUAUAUAUUGAGUUACUAACUAACCAUGUGUGAUGUUCCUUAUGUGCUUUCUUUCAUUUUUCAACUUUACGGUUAUAUCAAAAAGAAAGAAUAAUCUACUAUAAUAAACUGCAUUUUUGAUUCUAUAUUCAGUUUCAUUAGUUUGUAGCUUCCCUCACCACCAUCAACAAAAAGUAAAGCCGGCUCUUUAAAAGUAGUAUAUUGGGUGGGGUGUUGAGAGGGAGAGUGGUCUGCUAACACAGUUUAUCUACUAAAUAGAUAAGAUGGGUGAAGGAAUGGGCUGCCUAAGUUUCAAGCAAGGUGGGAAUUGCUGCCCACCAGAGCUCUGUUUUCUCACAGGUAGGUGAAGAAGCAUGGCUUCUUGGGUACUAGGCUUAACUUUUUCGGUUUUGUAAUAAUUCUAAUAUGCAUUCAGACUCUUACCCUUCCAUGAUUAUUUAAGCCACAGGUCUCAAGUAAGAGUUGUGACUUUGGUUUUCAUUGUUUUAUGGUGGAAUAUAACAAAAGGAGGGGAUUUUGCACCCUCUUAUUGAAGUCAGGUAAACUGGGCUGUGCAUCCUAGGUUUUUCUUCUUACCUAUUCCUUUAUUGAUGUUACAGGGAAUUUUAAAGAUGUGGCUAGAAUCCAAUGGACCACAAAACUAAUUCACCACUGAGAGGGGCAGGGGGGAGGGAUUAACCCUGUUUAACCCUGUUUCCCCAUGAUGUGCAUCGCAAACUGCUUAUGAAACAGGAUGUUGUUUUUCAAAAGCCGCUUGCGAUAUGGCGUAGGGCGGGAAGUUUGCCCAUUCAAAAAAAAGAAGUCAAAAAUUCCACCAGAUUCACACUCUCUCCUCCUUCCUCCCAUCCCCCAACACUACUCCCCAUUCCAUUUUAAGUGUUUUUGUUUCAGUCAUUUAUGGUGUAUUUUGCUAGCCCCUUUUUCUGGUGAACUUUCUCAGGAGAGGAGAAAAAUAAGUAAGUAUCAACAAUGGUUGCCACUUUUCAAAGAAAAACAGUAUCUGGCGCUUUACUCUUGAGGACUAGAAAGGGAAACUUCUGUUGGGACCUUUUCUUUGUCACUGUCAAAAAUCCUCCAUAGAACACUUGAUGCUGUGGUGUUCCUGUAGUGUAAACUGACUGCAAUAGUAUCUGGGAGUGAGCUGGAUUUGCGUCCUGAGUUCCUGGAUGGAACUCGGGAUCUACUUUUCUGAAUGCUCAAUCCAGUUUUUCAAGAUCUCAGGACUCCACCAGCUGUAGUUUAGCUUUUAAAUCACUUUGGGAAAGCAUGCAGGAGAGGGUGAACUCUCCAACUCACCUGUUCCCUACACUACAACCAGUAUUGGGGGGGGGGGGGCCGGGGAGUUGCAGGUGGAGGUGGAGGGAGGCGAAUAGGAGGGGCUCAGGAAACUGCUGAGAACUAGGCCCUGUUUGAAUUUGCAGGUGGGCUCUGUCCUGUAAAACUUUACUGCUUUUAAACCUGUGCUGAGCCAGGGCAAAGGUCGCCAGGCAUUUAAACAAAGUUGUGGCCUCAAUCUGAGACUAAAACAGAGGUAGUGUGUUGCCUGCAUUUCCCCCUCACUGCUCAGUCUUGUUCUCUCUCUGGGACUGAAUUGGUGUGUCUGUAAAUGUGUGUUUUACAGAUCCUGUGGCCCAGGAAAAGCUUGCGGCUCCCUAAACCAAGUAGCCCUUUUAAGUGUGCAUGGAGCAUUUAGAUCCACAUUAAUCUAGAGGGACUGGAAAGGCCUUGAAGUGUGCAGGAUUAAGCUGCUGCUGCUUCUCUCUCCCCCCCCCCCAUCUCCAUCUACUUUUCUUUGACAACCACCCAGUUGCCCAACCUCCUCCUCCAGAAAGCCACACACAUGUCCUUUAGCACUUGACCUUCUGAUAGCCCAGGCAAGUUCUAUAGGCUGCAUCACUGCAGCGCUCUCUAGGCAAGUUAAUGUGUAAGCGGAGGGUAAACUGCCUGCAAUUGGCCAAUCAGAAAAUUAUUUGCUCUUAUAAAGAUAGUAGGGCUUUCUCUCACCACCACCACUCCUCCUCUUCCCUCCCCCUUCGCUUCUUCAAAUGUUUGAACUCCUUGCCAAAAGUUCCACAGACUCUCAGUGGCUCUCACCUUGCUGAGGUCUUUUCCUUAGCUCAGGCAGGCCCAAUGCAGGGAAGAAUUCACCUUGCCGCUUGCAAACUGUUAGGACUUCCCCUGCAUAAGCAGAUCUUACAUUUGCAAACAUUCUCCCCUCACCCAAGAAAAGAGGCGCAGUUCAAUUAGCAUGAUAUAGGGGGCAGGGAGCAAAAAAUAAUCCCCAUUUCUUCUUGCAAAAGCUGCAGCAGCUGAUGCAUCCCAAAGUUGCUUUCAGUUCCUGUUAUGAUUUCUAAGGAGAGAGAGGACAAAAUGAAGAAUGGGGUAAAUUGGAUGUGUGUUUUGUCACAGGGCCUUGGAGAACAAGCUAAAGUACGGGACAAAGUUUACAAGGAGGAGGAAGCUACCCCCCCUUGUAGGACAUUGUGGGGGGAGAAAACAGCUCUGUAUUCUGCAGUCCUCUAUCAGUGGCCCUUUUAUGAACAGCUGAGCCUUCUCCUUUUCAUCAUUUCAAUUGGAAGGGAGGGUGACUUUUCACAUUUUUACUUUAUCAGAAUUUUUUGCAAAUGAUGUGUAAGUAAGGAAAUGGAUCAAGAUGUGUAACACUAAACCUUGAAGGCCAGGCAUGUGGGCUGUGGGAGGAGAGGCUGCUCAAGUUUCAUUUCAGGGAGGACGAGGUUUUAAAAAAUAAAAUAAAAAACCCACCCAACGCCAUGUCCCUCCGCAAUGCUUUGCUAGAAUCGCCCUGCUCUAAGAAUAAGUUCAGCUCAAUAGAUGUCAGUGGUGCUGGGGAAGGGGCAUCAGCCUGACCAUCCAUCUGCCACCUGCCAUUGAGUUUGGUUAGCAUUGGGUGCAUUGAUUCCGCUGCUGCUGAGGCUGAGGUCCUCCUCCUCACUUGGCCCUCCAGGCCUCUGAUGCCCUGGCCUUCAAAUCCUGGGUGAAAAGAAAUCGGUGUCACAUGCAACCUGAUCCUGUGCGUGUUUACUCAGAAGCAAUUCUCUAUGACUUCAGUCCCAUGGAAGUGUGGGCAGGAUUGCAGCCUUCCUCUCCCCAUUGUGUAAUGCCUCCUUUCUGUUCCAAGCCUUGUUGCCGAUUCUCCCACCAGCAUCUCAGUGAUUUGCAAGCCCGUUUACAGGGUAGACAAGCAGCAUUUGCUUGCUGUAUAUACUGCAGUAAAAGACAGGUUGCAUUUCUAUGCUCCUUGAACAAGUUUAUGACUUAUUCCCGAGUAAACACGUGCUUGACAUCAGGGCCGUUCACUGUAGAACACUUUUUGCUCCUCCCAAAUGGAGUGCAAUUGGCCAAGGGUGGAAAGUCAUGCACAUUUACUCAGAAAGUAAACCCUGUUAUUUUCAAUGGGGCUUACUCUGGUGUAAAUGAAAAUAGGCUCUCUACCUUUUUAAAUGGUUCACACUUGAGGGCAGAGUCCUCAGAUAUCAGUUCCCAUCCACUCUGCUUUCUAAAAACAACUCCCCCCCCAAACAGCAGCUGUGCAAGAAAAAGAAUUGUCUCACUUUCUUUUCCUUCCUCCGUCUUUCUCAACCC